CACUGAACUGCUUCUUUGUGGUUCGUUUCGUUGUUGUGUGGUAAUUUUCGAAUCGAGGCAUACACACAGCAUGGAGUCAGUGAGCGCGUGGGGUAACACGCCGUUGGCUACGGUGGACCCAGACAUCCACGAUCUCAUAGAGAAGGAGAAGCGUCGCCAAUGCCGUGGGAUCGAGCUGAUUGCGUCGGAGAACUUCACUUCCUUCGCCGUGAUUGAAGCACUCGGCAGCGCCCUCACCAACAAGUACUCCGAGGGAAUGCCCGGUAACCGCUACUACGGCGGCAACGAAUUCAUCGACCAGAUCGAAAACCUCUGCCGCUCACGCGCCCUCCAGGCCUUCCACCUCGACGCAGCAAGCUGGGGCGUCAACGUUCAACCCUACUCCGGUUCUCCGGCGAAUUUCGCCGCCUACACGGCGGUGCUCCAGCCCCACGACCGUAUCAUGGGGCUGGAUCUUCCGUCCGGUGGGCACCUGACACACGGGUACUACACCUCCGGUGGGAAGAAGAUCUCAGCGACUUCGAUUUACUUCGAGAGUUUACCUUACAAGGUGAAUUCGAGCACUGGUUUCAUUGACUAUGAUAGGUUGGAGGAAAAGGCUUUGGAUUUCAGGCCAAAGUUGAUCAUUUGUGGUGGCAGUGCUUACCCUAGGGAUUGGGAUUAUGGCAGGUUCAGAGCGGUUGCUGAUAAGUGUGGUGCCCUCUUGCUCUGUGAUAUGGCUCACAUUAGUGGACUUGUUGCUGCUCAGGAAGCUAAUAAUCCUUUUGAGUUCUGUGACAUUGUGACAACAACAACCCACAAGAGCUUGAGGGGUCCUAGGGCAGGUAUGAUCUUCUACAGGAAGGGACCUAAACCACCCAAGAAGGGCCAGCCUGAGAAUGCAGUUUAUGAUUUUGAGGACAAAAUCAACUUUGCUGUCUUCCCUUCUCUUCAGGGUGGUCCUCACAAUCACCAGAUUGGUGCCCUUGCUGUCGCUUUGAAACAGGCCAUGACACCUGGGUUCAAGGCAUAUGCCAAGCAAGUUAAGGCCAAUGCAGCUGCACUUGGAAAGUACUUGAUGAGCAAGGGAUACAGUCUUGUUACUGGAGGAACUGAGAACCAUCUUGUCUUGUGGGAUCUCCGCCCUCUUGGCUUGACUGGCAAUAAGGUGGAGAAACUUUGUGACCUCUGUAAUAUUACUGUGAACAAAAAUGCUGUUUUUGGUGAUAGCAGUGCCUUGGCCCCCGGAGGAGUACGGAUUGGUGCCCCAGCCAUGACUUCUAGGGGCUUGGUUGAAAAAGACUUUGAGCAGAUUGGAGAUUUCCUUCACCGUGCAGUGACCCUCACGCUGGAGAUCCAGAAAGAGCAUGGCAAACUUUUGAAGGAUUUCAACAAGGGCUUGGUGAACAAUAAGGCUAUUGAAGAUCUCAAAGCUGAUGUUGAGAAGUUUUCAGCCUCAUUCGAUAUGCCUGGUUUCCUAGUAUCCGAGUUGAAGUACAAGGAUUAGGUUGAGUAAUGCAACUCUCUCUCCUCCCAAAUGUCUUAAUGUACUGGGCAAGAUGGGGAAAUGGAGAAACAGAUAACGAGUUUUCUCUUUUUGGGUGUCAAAUAGGCAAGCUUGAUGGUUUUCCGAUUCAAUUUGAAGUUUGUCUUUGUUGUUAUGAUUUUGUAUGCCUGAUAUAAUAUUUUCUCAAUAACAAAUGAAAUAUUACGUGUACUAUUAGAGGCUGAAGUUUUAGCGUAGUCAAUGAUGGAGAAAUAAAAAGCAUACGAAUGUUAUGG